CCGCUACCGGACCUUGCAUGACGUGGGGAACCCAUGUCAUCCCCGACCGAGCCACCGCUUUACGCUUCCAACACCAACCUGACGCAAACGAUCCGCAUCCUGCACCUUACUAUUUCCUACGCGUAGAGCAAAUCUCAUACGCGCAUCAAGCCUGGUGGCGUGUAGAGCUGUCCUGCGACACUCAACGUCCUCCAUGCGCAUCGCUCACUUGGCGUAGUCUAGAGAUUCACACCCACAGUCCGACUUGAAGUGACUGCAAUUGGAUGAACGCGGUACGGAUGCUAUCACUGCAAUAAUCGCAUCAGAAAGCUGUAAAAAUUUGACGUGGUUGUGUGAACAGAGUCUCAGAGGGAUUCGGCUUUCAGUUCGGCCGUCUUACGCUCAGUAUACGCAUGAGCUCAAUGCAUGCAAGUCCGCGAUGAGUCAGACGAGUGACAGCAACAUACCAAAUAUCUCUGUUUGUCAAUGCUUCGUGCUACUACGAUAGAACAUCCCAAUCAGACAACUAACGAUUCCAUAAUGCCUACUUCGGUCAAGGUGUUGGUAACUGGUUUUGGUCCAUUCCUCGACAUAACGAGAAACCCUUCUUGGGAAAUUGCACGACAACUGCCAUCGUCUCUCCCUGGCCCUGACGGCAACAUUGCCAUCACUGUACCCACCGAACCCAUACCAGCAGCAUAUCACAAGAUACUGGCCCAGGUCCCAGCGCUCAUCCAGGAAUAUGUGCCUGACUUGGUGAUACAUAUGGGUCUCGAUGUUGAUAGCGGAGCCGGGGUGUUCAAGAUCGAACGUAGUGCACUGAAAGAUGGAUAUCACGACAUUCCAGAUAUCGAGAGGCGGGUGUUUACGAGAGCAGAUAACAAAACGACCUUUGCAAAAGCGUCACCAUCUCUGGCGACGACGAUCGACAUUGACGCGGCAGCUGAAAUGUGGAGGGGAGCUUGUUCCUCUCUCGGCGUUCCGAAGGCGAAAGGUAAGGGAAAAGUAAGACAGGCUGUCGACGUAAGGCUCAGCGAUGAUGUGGGCUCGUAUGUGUGUGGCUUCAAUUACUACAUCAGUCUACUCGAGAUGCAGAAACGGACUGGCAAACGAGACGUUGUUUUCUUCCAUGUGCCGAAACUGGAGGCCGAAGAAGAGAUCCGCACAAGUGUUCGAGUGACGGAGGAGCUCAUCAAAGCACUAGUGGCUGUGUGGCAGCAUUAGAGAAUAUCACAUAAACCUUCCCCUCUUCUUCGCCAAUACUUCGCAGCAGGCAGUUCGAACAGGUUUGUUGCAACGGACACAUGGCGAGCAGGGAUGACCACGUGGGGCUAAAUCGGUC